CUUCUUCCUGCAGAGACACUGAUGGACUCCACAACAGCAACGGCAGAGCUGGGCUGGACAGUGCAUCCUCCUUCAGGGUGGGAAGAGGUGAGCGGGUAUGACGAGAACAUGAACACGAUUCGCACCUACCAGGUGUGCAAUGUCUUUGAAUCCAGCCAAAACAACUGGCUCCGGAGCAAGUACAUCCGGAGGCGAGGAGCACAUCGCAUCCACGUGGAGAUGAAAUUUUCUGUCCGGGACUGCAGCAGCAUCCCUAAUGUCCCAGGCUCCUGUAAGGAGACUUUUAACCUCUACUAUUUCGAGUCAGACUUUGACUCGGCCACCAAGACUUUUCCUAACUGGAUGGAGAAUCCUUGGAUGAAGGUGGACACGAUUGCUGCCGACGAGAGCUUCUCGCAGGUGGACCUAGGUGGACGGGUGAUGAAGAUUAACACGGAGAUGCGCAGUUUUGGGCCUGUCUCCAAGAAUGGUUUCUACCUAGCCUUUCAGGACUAUGGAGGUUGCAUGUCCUUGAUUGCUGUCCGUGUCUUCUACCGCAAGUGUCCCCGUGUGAUCCAGAACGGGGCCGUCUUCCAAGAAACCCUCUCGGGAGCGGAGAGCACCUCGCUGGUGGCGGCCCGGGGGACGUGCAUCACCAAUGCGGAGGAGGUGGAUGUGCCGAUCAAGCUGUAUUGCAAUGGGGACGGCGAGUGGCUGGUGCCCAUCGGCCGCUGCAUGUGCCGAGCGGGCUACGAGUCAGUGGAGAAUGGGACCGUCUGCAGAGGCUGCCCAUCAGGGACAUUCAAGCCCAGCCAAGGGGAUGAAGGAUGCGUCCACUGCCCGAUUAACAGCCGGACGACUUCAGAAGGAGCCACGAACUGCGUGUGUCGAAACGGAUAUUACCGGGCAGAUGCCGAUCCUGUUGACAUGCCGUGCACCACCAUCCCAUCUGCCCCCCAGGCCGUCAUCUCCAGUGUAAACGAGACCUCUCUGAUGCUGGAGUGGACCCCACCACGGGACUCGGGGGGCCGGGAGGACCUGGUGUACAACAUCAUCUGCAAGAGCUGUGGCUCCGGCCGCGGGGCCUGCACACGCUGUGGGGACAACGUGCAGUUUGCUCCCCGGCAGCUGGGCCUGACAGAGCCCCGCAUCUACAUCAGUGACCUGCUGGCUCACACCCAGUACACCUUCGAGAUCCAGGCGGUGAACGGCGUCACGGACCAGAGCCCCUUCUCCCCGCAGUUUGCAUCCGUGAACAUCACCACCAACCAGGCUG